AUGGAAGUAAUUAGUGAACUUAAGAAGCCAUGGAUUAUUCUAGGUGAUUUUAAUGCAAUUAUUUCACCUGAGGAGAAGGUUGGUGGUAAAGCUCCAAAUAGGAAUUCAAUGAUAGACUUUAUUCAUUGUCUAAAUGCAUGUGAAUUACUUCAAGCACCUAAAAUAGGUUUACAAUUUUCUUGGUCCAAUUGUCAACAAGGAAAAAAUAGAAUACUAUGCAAUCUGGAUAGAGUUGUCUUUAACUCUCUAUGGCUACAAUUAUAUGGAGAUUGGGGAUACAAAGUUGGCUUGAGAGUAGCAUCAGAUCAUGCUCCAUUAUUGGGUGGUUGUGCAGGUAUACCCAAGCCAAAAAAUAUUUCUUGGAGAUUCCAAAGAAUAUGGAUUGAUCAUCCAUCCUUCUUAGCAGAGGUAAAGCAAGUUUGGUCCAAACCUAUAGUUGGUGAUCCUUCUUUCAUAUUUAUGCAGAAACUUAACAACUUAAAAAAAUUCUUAAAUGAAUGGAAUUGGAGUACUUUUGUUAAUGUUUAUACCAAAGUUAAGGAAGCUGAAGACAACGUAAAAAGUGCAAUGGAAUUAUCUGAAAAAAAUCCUUUUGAUGAAUAUGUUUUGGUUAAGUUAGUUGAAGCUCAGAAUGAACAUGCUAGUAGAGAAGUGCAGGCUAAUACACUUAUGAAACUCAAAUCAAGGGGAAAAUGGAUUACAGAUGGUUCAGCAAAUACUGGAUAUUUUCAUGCUAAAAUGAAGAUUGGACAAGCUAAAAACUUGAUAACUCAGGAUGUUAACAUUGUUGAAGGUUUACUUGAUGUUAUUCCAUCUGUUAUUACUGCUGAAGAUCAACCCAUGUUGGACUCCAUUCCAACUAUUGAAGAGAUAAAGGAAACUAUAUUUGAAAUGGAUCCAGAUGGUGCACCUAGUCCAGAUGGAUUUUCUGGAGCUUUCUACAAAAAUUGUUGGGAGAUAAUUCAAAUGGACCUUAAGGAAGCAAUACAAUUAUGCUGGAGAAGAAGGUUUAUUCCUAAAGAACUCAAAUCAAAUUUUUUAACUCUCAUACCUAAAUGUGCAGGAGCAAAGAAAGAAAACCAGUUCAGGACAAUAGGAUUAAGCAAUAUGUUGUUCAAAAUAUUCAUUAAAAUCAUUAAUGCAAGAAUGAAUGGACUUAUGGUGAAGCUAAUAUCUCCACAACAUGAUGCUUAUAUCAAAGGUAGAAGCAUUCAAGAACAAGUACUUCUAGAUUCAGAGAUGGUUAAUGAAAUGAAGAAGAAAAGAAGAAGAGAUAAUGUGGCUUUCAAACUAUAUAUCUCUCAAGCUUAUGAGAUUUCAUGA